AUGAAAGUCCUGAUCAUUUUUUCUGCUGUAGUAACCGUCUACUUCCACAGUGAUGCGUCUCCAACUUCCCUGGUAGAGUAAGUUCAGAGACACAUUCAGUAGAAAGAUUAUACGGUUUAGCCUCCUGAAUCCUCGAGUGAAACGGGCGGACUGUAGCUCAACCUACGGAGCAUGGUCGGAAUGGACAGAUUGUAGUAUGAAUUGCGGUUAUUGCGGAAAACAAAACCGGUCAAGAGACUGCAAUGCAGUGGAUGGAUGCGAUGAUCCAAUCUGCACGUGAGUUCGAUUUGCUUUGUUGGUAAAUCAGUGAAACGUUGAAUUCCAGUGGAGACGCGAUUGAAAUCCAAAGCUGUGGAACCAACAACUCGAUCUGCUACUAUCCGACAGUUUCGUGCUGCGAUAGCAAUUACAAAAAGACUCUGGACCUGCCUGGAAAACGUUUUUACUGCGGUCUCAAGAAUCUCACAGAUUCUACAGAUUCUACAACCACUGAUUCUACUUCUACCGCCUCAACAACUUCCACAACAACCGAAACUUGA